CCUUACCCCUUCUCCCUGUUGUUUCUUCUCCCUUCGGUGAAAUGGCAGAGGUCGGUCAGAGGCUCGGGAGCGGAGCUUACCGACUGACCGCGCUGAGAAAAAGCCAAAGUCGACCGGCGGUCAUCGGCGAGAGUCCCGCACCUCUGCUCGUUAGCGGCACAUUCAAUGGCAGCCGGAAAAAGCAGGACUCAACCCAGGGUCGUCGUGAAGUGUCAAACAGAAGAGCAACACGGUGCAAACUGGAGAAAGUUUCCAGGGUGAGAUCAGGUGAAAGUCAACAAGAACAUUGGAAUUUGUGUUGUACUUCAUCUGUUAUGCUGGAGUCUUCCCGUUUCAUCGAUUUUGUUCCUAACAGAGGCAGCAUACACUCUGACAUAACAACCUUGUACCUCUCAAGACUACAGCCUCUCCAGCAGGGGAAGCUGCUGCAAGCCAGGAUGACAUCGUGGACCAGCAGAGCCGCGUCCAUCUACCCUGACAACUCAAGGUUCCCUCAGCAGCAUCGAGCGUUUUGCACUCUUGUUUUGAUUCUUACUGAGCAGGGUUCAGAGAGGUCAGGUGGUGGUGGUGGUGGACUGAGACUGAAGCGUCUGAAGCUUCACCCGGACACAUUGCAAGCUUCCACCACCUGCAGAAGCUACAGCUGGAGGAGUGACAGCAGCUCGGAAAAGGUUCCCCCGCUGUUCAGAAGCAGGACAGCGUACUACGACAUCCUCAAGGUGUCUUCAAAUGCCACGCAGUCCCAGAUCAAGACGGCUUACUACAAGCAGUCCUUCAUCUACCACCCUGACAAGAACCCAGGGAGUGAUGAGGCCACACAGCUCUUCUCUGAGAUCAGCGAGGCUUACACCGUGCUGGGCAGCAUCAGCCUGAGGAGGAAGUACGACCGUGGUAUCCUGAGCCAGUCAGACAUUCAGAGUGCGGGGAGACCAUCCUCCAAAGAGACCGCGAGCAGAUCAACAGGGAACCCGCAGCAGCAUCAGCAGAGAGCCAGGCGGUUCUCCCAAGCGGGAGGGAAAACCAUGUUCGACUUUGACGCCUUCUACAAAGCUCACUACGGCGAGCAGCUGCAGAGGGAGAGAGACAUGAGAGCCAGGAAGCAGUACAUGGAGGAGCAGAACAAGAAGACUCAUCAAAAGUGGAAGGAGGGGAAAAUGAUGGAGGUGACCGUGGCCAUGUUGAUGGCUUUGGCAGGCUUUAUUUUUAUUAAUCUCCACGAGCCCUGAAAUAGAAGCAGCAGUGACUGGACCCCUGUGAGGUUGCAUGUUACAACUCUCAGGGUGGUUGGACGGGUGGGUGUGGGGGGGGAACAGGGAAGGGGUCCUACCUCAGAUAGUUUUGCAAGUGUUGCACAGUUUAUGACAGUUGAAGAUGCUUAUUUUUAGCGUGCUGCAGGCGUAGACACCGCCUGUGCACGUGUCUAUUUUGUUUGAAGCUGCAGAAUGGCUUGUUAUUCAUUUAAAAAAAAAAAAAAUCCCUAUACAAGGUGAGGCCAUUGGCAUCAUCAGGGUUUGUUUUUCCUGCAACAUAAGAAGCAUAUAAAAUAAUCUAGUAAUGGCAGUAAGAAAGCACACACCAUGUGGGCUUCUUCCUGUUAUUAUGGUUAUAUGGUAAGCAACCAUAUCAUAGUCUUGUUGAAGUUUGUGCUGACUUUGCCAAGAUAAAACCUGUGCAGGAACAAAACUGUUUGUAGUUUUUGAACCUCCAAAUAUUCUAUUAUGAAAUGCCAUAAAGAUUUUGUGUUAACACCUAAUUCAUUUAAUGACUGUUAGAAUUGAAGCCUUAAGCGAACAAGUUGUUUCGGCAGCUCGUAUUUUACUCUGUUCAUCCAAAUCCAGGACGAAGAUUGAAAAGUAGAAAUGUAUCACGCUGAAGAACGCACAAUUUUUCUCCCUUUCCUAGAAAACAGAUCUUUAAAAAUAAAGGAAACUACUUGUGUGUGUCAAAUGUGUAGAUAAUUUGCUAUUGGGAAAUGAACAGGCCUUCUUUGUGUAUAUGUGUAAGUACUGUACAUUUAUGUUAAAAAAUAUAUAUAUUUUAUUUUAGGGAUACUGUUAUAAAACAAUUUCUUCCUGAAUUGUAUAAAAUCUAACCAACCACUAGAGGGCAUCUGGAUACAUCAAAUCAUGUCCGUGUUCAUGUUUAUGUCUCCUCAGGAUGGCUGUAGUUAUAGACAUUAAACAACAACAGCAAAGAAAGGGGCUGCGCAGCAUGAAAUCAAACCUGUUCAAGUCUGAGAUCAUAUUCAAAUUCAACACAUGAGAAACAAUUGAAGCUUUAAUUCUGGAUCACUCGCUGUCAUUUAUGAACUAACACUGAAUGCAUUAAGACUGACCGCAUUCGCACAUUGGGUACUAAUUAUGGAGCAAAGGCUGUUAAAAUUAUAACUGAGACAAAAGCAAACCUCAUUUAAUUCAGGGGUCGCAUUUCUGUCGCUUAAGUUUGUCUCAACUUCAUUCAACAGUCUCUACAGAGCUGUUCACUAUCAGACUUUGUUAUCACCGAAGCUCCAGACUUCUUGGAGCCUUCCUUCACCACAUGUUCAUGACAUGUCAUCAUACAUGACUGCAUCCAAAGACGAUGACAUUCACAUUAAAAUAACUGCAGAAAGCGUGCAAAGUUUACUCACAUUUUAUUCACAGAAAUAUAAAGUAGUAUGUCAAGUACAUCACUUUGUACAAAAUUGCACAGACUCUUCAAAACUCAGACAACAGAAAAUCUAGCUUCAAGAAGUGUUAAGAAAAUAAAAGGGAGACAUAAGUAAUCUGUGAUAUGUGUGAGAUGGGCUCUUAAAACAGGUUCCACUGAGGAGGUUUCAUCUAGAAGAAAUAAUCAAUUAAACACGAACAAGACUUGAUAGGAAAAAUGUAAUUUACAGCGGCUGAGGAAUAAAUGUUUCAAAAAUAGAAUUCAAGUUGGCACAUGAACUGCUUUGUCCGCUCCUCGACCAAAAUUAAGAUUUCUCCUUUGAAGUUGGAUUACCAUGCUUGAAAAGAGAGAUGUCAACUAUUGAUAUGUUUAUUCCAACUGAACGAGUGUUGAUGAUGUGUGAAAUAAAGUAGCCAAAGUGUGUUUGCCUUUA